CUUCUUCUCUUUCUAUAUUUUAUUUUUCGUUAUUAGUCCUUGGAAGAUAUAUGGAUCAUCAACAAGAAAUCAUUGUUUCUAACAACAACGACUUCACUGCCACUUAUGAAAGUAAACAAAGGCGGAAGAAGACCUUUUAUUUCCAACGCGAUUCACUUGCCAAAAGAAAUAGACUCUUAGUUGGUAAAGAGGGUAGCCGGAGACGUCAACGUUAUGAUAAUGGAAAUUUCACCAAUCAUCCAUUUGCCGUUUUGUACGAAGAUGAUUUAUAUCCUCCAGGAUAUCAGGAUUUGACAACAGCUUUUUGGACUCGUCCUGAUAUUGCAUCUCUAUACAGUGAUGAUGAAUAUCUUUUGGAUUCAUCAUGCUCUGAUGGUACUACAUUAUCGAUGAUCAAGCAUCACUCUUCCAUCAUCAGUCAUCACGUUCACAAAGAGUUGAAGAAACAACACAUCCCACAAGGAAUAGUACUUCAUUAUGAACAUCAAUUAAUCAAUUUCAAAGAAGGUGAUCAAUCAACUUUGGCCUGGUCAAUCAAUGAUCCAUUCAUUCGAUUUGUUAUACAUAUCAUGUGUCAUUAUCAUCAUUUAGAAUCUCAUUCCGAACAUCAUGACGAUCGAUGUAUUCUCUAUAUCAAUCAUCCUUCAUAUUAUCAUCAUCAUAGACAACAACAAAAUUCUGGUUAUGGAUGUAUACAAAGCAAGUCGUUUUUUGAUUAUCUAUUCCGUAUGUCGUAAUUUACCUCCCUAGAUUAUUUUUUGAUUUUUGUUUUAAUAAAAAAGUUUAUGUCUUUAAUGGAUGAGUGGUUUCUAUAAUGUAGAUGAUUCCAAUGAUGAUGAUAUCAUGGCAUGUCGAUGCAUGAUAGAUGAUGGUAGAUGAUAAUAGGAUGAAUAGAUUGAAUGAUAAUAGGUGAUGAUACGAUAA